GGGCGCUGAUCACUCUUCAAAAUUGGCUUUCCGGCCAGGGUUGGCAAUGCGCUGUCAUCUCUCUUUCUCCUUCGAGAGAGCAAUUCUCCGUCGAAGCAGUCGUGCUAUGAGGCACAGAUCCUACCACGAUGGUGUCCCAUGAGGAGUCGUUAUUCGACAACAACAAAUACUUCUUCCCCGAGGGCGCCGCCAAGGUCAGAGAACAGCGCGCCCAGGAGCAGCCAUGGCUGGAGGUGUCGGCCCUUCGAGACGAGGAGCAUGGGACACCCGGCCUACAACCCGUGCCUAAUGAGCAGAAGUACGCGGUCCACGAAGACAAAGGAUUAUACGGAAAUUACAUCACCCCAGCGUUUCUAUCUCCACAACCGGCUCCAGUGCUAUCGCAGGCAGCAUCGUUUCAGAAUGAAUCACAUACAGCCGAUGCGCUGGUUGCAUCUCACGACGAAGAGCUCCUGACAUCGUCGCAGACCGAGGCCUGGUCACAACCAGCAACAUUAGAACCUCCACCACAUUGGUCGCAACCAGUCACUGCACCCGAACGACAAAUCCAAUGGCCGCAACCAGUGACAGCGACAGAACCACAACAUGAUUAUCAACAUUCAAUAGCAGAAAAUUCACAUCAGGCCUAUUUGUUUUCUGCCGGCGCUGACCCCGGUCCCCAACCUCAUUCGCAAUGGUCACGUUCUACAACUGCAGUCGCGCCGAGUGUUGCACUGGCGCCCAGUAACUAUCCCGAGCAAACAUACUGGGCGCAGUCCCAUGAUCCGUACGGCCACGCUACGCAAAACGGUGCCGGCCAGCAGCAUUCAUACUGGUCCCUUGAGAUUUCAUCACAAUACUCCGACGGCCGUGCAUCCGCAUGGACCCACGGCACAGACGGGCGACCGACCGUUAUCGGAAGUCCUGAUAUACCUCUGAUAAAGGAGAACAUGGCAUCGACAAGUCCGAACAAAUGGCUAUCGGGAGCGCCUGGAAAGAGUCGCCAAUGGUGGAUCGCAGGCGGCAUCCUCGGCCUGCUGAUUGUGAUUGGCGCCGUUGUGGGAGGAGUUGUUGGGGCCAAUGCCCUUAAGAAUGCCGACUCGAUGGUCGGCGGCGGCCAGACACCCCCCAGCGGAAACACAACAAUCACGACACCAAAAAUUAUUAGGCAGAACUCGAGACUGGCUGUUACGGGCUACCGGGGUGCCAGCGGCAACUAUACGCUCAGACUCUUCUUCCAAGACCCAGACAACCAGCUGCGGUUCAUGGACAAGUCGAGCGUCGGCGGGAUUUGGACGGAUCCCGUCACGCUGGAUACGCUGGACUACAAACCCAUGCCCAACGGGUCUAUCGCCGUUGGGUCGUACCUGGGCCAUGAUCCGCAACUACUCGAGUUCUUCUACGUCGACACCAACAACAUAAUCCGCGGUGCCAAGUUCAACUUCUGGAACAUCGGCGAGCCCCCGAAGGGCGAGGCGAGCAAUAUUAACGACUUCCCGCUCAAGGUGGCGGAGAACUCCAGCAUAUCCUGCUACUUCCCCCACGUCGUCUCGCAGGACGCCGACGCCACCGUCCGCUGGAGCAAGAUGAUCGGCAACGGCUCCGACGAGUCGCGGUGGUACUGGGAGAACGACACCUCGGUGCACGUCGCGGGCUCGCCGCGCUCCGGCCUAGUCCUGCUGCCCGUCGCGCAGACGUACUGGGAGGACGCCGGCUUCGUGUACCGGGACGGCAGCGGCCGACUCGCCGUCGCUAUCAGGGACUACGACUUCCGAGGCAACGCGACCAGCGCGUACUCCUGGACCAAGGGCGCGCUGUCGGCCCCCGUCAUACCGGCCGGCUCGGCCAUCGGAGCCUUCGCGGUCGGCAGGCCCUACACCCCCGAGGACCUCAACACGUACAUACUGUACCAGGACGACGACGGGGUCAUACAGGUCGUCUGGCAGGACGGGGACGACGGCUGGCGCGGUCCAGAGACGUAUGACGCGCUGGACGGCGCGGAGGUGGGCACCGAUAUCAAGUGCCUGACGCAGGGGUCGUGGGACGCCGUCAGCGUCCAGGUCGGGAGGGGCCAGGACAUGAAUCGCUGCUUCUUCCAGGAGAAGGGGACGCGGAGGUUGAAGGAGGUCUGGUUCGACGGAAACGAGUGGAGGGAUCAGGGGUUUGUACCACUGGAUUGAUUGAUCGAUUGAUUGAUUUGUGUAUAGAUGAUGAUUGACGUAGAUACCCCCCAGCUUUGUAUGAAUCGAGAGAUACCAUGAGUAAUAUAAUGGAAAGAACAAAUUACUCAUGUAAGCAAGAUUUGGAACAAAAUGCAGAUCCAGGUUCUGUUCAGAGGUGAAAUUCUCGGGGCAGGGGUAGGAUGGUGAGGAAUAUGCCUUCUCAAUAACCCUCCAUGCACUAGCUGGCCUGGGAUCUCGCUGCUGUAAAUUAAAGAAUAAUAUAGUACCUAG